AUGGGGAAGAUACCGAAAAAUGAUAUUGCUGUGACGACAAAUUCAUCUCUUUCAUUGCUUUUAACUGAAGCAUCAGUGAAUCAACUGUGGUCAUUGUAUGUUUUGGGAAUCACAGAUCCAUCUGCGAAGAAAGUGCAGGCAGAGUUGCAAAGAGCUACACAAGAGUACUUUUUGGAGACAAUCAGACUAGAUGUAGAAAACCGUUUUGUGGUUAGCAUGCCUUGGCUGGAAGAUCAUCCUCCAUUGCCAACCAACUAUGAUCUGGCGUAUAAGAGAUUGAAUUCGAAUGUCAAUCGGCUUAAAUCACAGUCUAUUUUUAAAGAGUAUGAGCAAGUUUUUAAUGAAUGGAUGGAGGAGGGAAUAAUAGAAGAAGUAACAGAUAAUUGUGAGGAAAAUGUACACUAUCUACAUCAUUGGGCAGCAAUUAAACCAAGUAGCACUACCAAAAUCAAACGCGUAUUUGAUGCUUCAGCUAAGGCCAAAGGUUUUCCAAGUAUAAAUGAUUGCUUAGAGAAGGGUGAAAAUCUUAUUGAAUUGAUACCAAGUAUUUUGAUGUGGUUUUGGACUGAGAGAAUUGGUGUCGUUUCAGACAUACGUAAAGCCGUCUUACAAAUCAGACUUACUAAAACUGAUAGGAAUUACCUAAGAUUUUUGUGGCUUAGUGAUGAAGGCUUGAAGAUUUACAGGCAUAGCAGGAUAGUAUUUGGAAUCACCUGUAGACCAUUUCUGUUGUCCUCAACUAUCAAAUACCUUCUGAUGAAUGUUUUGAAAGAAAUAAGGGAACAAAAAUCCUCUUAUCCUGAAUAUGUUGUACAAAAACUAAUGAAAAGUUUCAAUAUAGACAAUUGUGUCACGAGUGUCAAGGAUAUAGAAGAAUUGAAUAUUUUUGAAAGAGUUGCUACUGAAAUAAUGGCAAGUAGAAAAUUCGAUCUUAGAGGGUGGGAGUUCACCGACUUAACUGAGGAAAAUUCACAGCCAUCCUCAAAUGUUCUUGAUAUGAGCUGGGAUAAGAAAGAUGAUAUUCUUCAAGUCAGUACAGGUUGCAUUAAAGAGCUUAACAUUAAGAAACUAACGAAGAGAACCAUCCUGUCAGCUGCACAUAGACUUUUUGACCCCUUGGGUAUAAUCUGUCCUGUAACACUGAUCCCAAAAUUGCUUCUUCAGAGCAUUUGA